ACAGCGCGAGGCAAGUCUCCUCCCUCCGUAAAGAACGUUCCUUCGGUAUGGAGCGAGGGACUGUCGCCAGGCGACACGGAAACCGUCACGCUCGGGCGUUACGUCGUGCAAGCAAGUUUUUUUGUACACGACAAUGGACUUGUAAAAGGAUCAUGAACGACUGCAUAGUCAACACGGUAUCAGAUUCGUUUUCUGGAUACCUCUUCCUUCUACGUUCACGUGUCCCGCAAUAUAUUCGAGACACUUGUUUUUAGAGACGUUAAUGAGCCUCUUUACUUGAAGCAGUCGGAUCCGUCGCAGAUCCGUAGUAUUCGGAGUAAUGUUGCGGCGCUUUGACUGUUUUGAUUUCGGAUGCUCAAAGCGGUGCCGUUGCUGCCCGGUAUUUCGAGGUGCGACCGAACCGGGACGAGCAAACCUUGGAUUGUCUCUGCAGCGCCCCCCUGCAGCUCGAAAACUUUACCCUCUCGGAGUGAUUUCCUCCCCUGUUUUUACUUCCUGUUUUCUAAGGGAGUCACUUAACAUUGAUCUUUUCAUUUGGGCUUUACUCGUUGGAUUUUAUUUUCCCUUAGUUUCAUUACCAAACCAUUAGCUCACGCGAGAGUUUAGUGGAAACCGACGGCUCGCGAGUCAUAUACGUUCUGCUACAUUUUUAAAUGGAGCUUGAAAUGCUGAACUUACGUGUAUUCACUGCCCCGAUGGAUUUUACAUAGUUGUUGUUUUUUUUGCUGUUUGUGGCUCGCUGUUUUUCAUUUAUUGGAAUAUAUCUGCAUCCAGUUUUCUAUUUAGCAGGCCGAUUUUGACCGCUCAUUUUCUAUAAAACGACAAUGUAACAACUCUUUAGGAACUUCACCGAAUCAAAUUCUGUGUCGCGCGCUUGCAUUUGUGGCGUUAUUUUCGUGUAACUUUAACUUUUAAUUCAUAUAUUCCUGAAGAUUACAAUGGCCGAACUCCAGCGUCCAACGCUUUGUUGCUGUCGAAAAGUGCUGACGGUGCCCAGCAAGUCGUGUGAAGGCGGCCGGGCUUUGGGACAUUGUCGCCUCAUUGACGUUGCCUCCGCGUCCAACUUCCACAGCUUCAAACUCCGACAUUUCCACCUCGACCUCAACAUCAACUUUGCCGUUAAAAGGAUGACGGGGUGGCAAGUUCUUGAACUCGUGCCCAUACAUCCUGGUAUACAAGCCCUCAUUUUGGACACCCACCCGUCUUUAUUAAUUCAUUCCAUUGACUGUAAGGUUCCCGGGGCGUCCGGUGUCCCUGAUCUUUUCCUCCCCCUCACUUACCGAGUGGAGCCGUUUACUGACUACGGCUCCUCUCUCAAUAUUACUCUACCUGCUGCCGUGAAUCGGCCGCACCGGGCUUUCCGGAUCACCAUCCGCUACACUACGACAGACGGCCCUGCGAUCUGGUGGCUGGACACAGAGCUAACGUGUGGUCAAACGAAACCACUGGUCUUCACUCAGGGUCACUCUGUGUGUAAUCGCUCCUUUUUCCCCUGCUUUGACACGCCGGCUGUCAAGAGCACCUACUCCGCCACUGUCAGGGUUCCAGAUGGAGUGACAGUGUUGAUGAGUGCUUCCAGAAGUGUAUACUCUAAGCAGGACCGACUCUUUCAGUUCUCCAUGGAGAACCCUGUCCCAGCCUAUCUGGUAGCACUGGUGGCUGGAGACCUCCAGCAUACUGACAUUGGACCCCGGAGCCGUGUGUGGGCCGAGCCCUGUAUUCUCACCUGCGCCGUCAGUAAGCUAGGGGGCAGCGUGGAGCGCUGCCUCAAUGUAGCUGAGGAGCUUUUUGGGCCCUACGUGUGGGGAAGGUACGACAUCGUGUUCCUGCCCCCCUCCUUCCCCAUCGUGGCAAUGGAGAACCCGUGCCUCACCUUCAUCAUCUCAUCCAUCCUGGAGAGUCAGGAGUUUCUGCUCAUCGACGUCAUCCAUGAGAUCGCCCAUGGCUGGUUCGGCAAUGCCGUCACCAAUGCCACCUGGGAGGAGAUGUGGCUGAGCGAAGGGCUGGCCACUUACGCACAGAGACGCAUCACAAUGGUGGCUUAUGGGGAGGCCUUCACCUGCCUCGAGACCGUCUUCCGACUGGAUGCACUGCACAGACAGAUGCGGCUCUUGGGAGACAACAGCCCAGUAAGCAAGCUGCAAGCCAAGUUUGAACCAGGAGUUAACCCCAGCAGUCUCAUGAACCUGUUCACCUAUGAGAAAGGCUUCUGCUUUGUCUCAUACCUCUCCCAGCUGUGUGGUGACAUCAAGAAAUUUGACACGUUUCUCAAGGCCUACAUCGAGCAGUUCAGGUUCAGCAGUGUGGUUGCUAAGGACUUGCUUGAUUUCUUCCUGGGCUUCUUCCCUGAGCUGAAGGACAGCUGUGCAGCACAGCGUGAGGGACUGGAAUUUGAGCGCUGGCUGACUGACUGCGGCCCACCCUUGUGUGAGCCAGAUCUCUCGGCUGGCGGAGCCCUGACCGGGCCUGUCCAGCGCCUCUGCGACCUCUGGGGCAUGGAACCCCCCGACCCCCAUGCCAUCACGGCCUUUGAUCUCUCCACCUGGAGCACCUUCCAGACGGUCCUGUUCCUGGACCGACUACUAGAUCGCUCACCUCUGCCCCAAGGGGUGAUGAGUCUUCUGUCUGGCUGCUACUCGGCACUGCUGGAUCAAAUGAAUGCGGAGGUACAGAUCCGCUGGCUACAGAUCGUGGUGCGGAACGCCUUCUAUCCGGACCUGCACCGAGUUCGCAACUUCCUGCAUAAACAUACCUCGCGCAUGUACACAGUACCUCUGUAUGAAGACCUGUGCGGAGGGGUGAUGAAGUGCUUUGCCGUGGAGGUUUUUUACCAGACGCAGGCCCGUCUGCAUCCCAACCUGCGCAAAACCCUGCAGCAAAUCCUGUUCCAAACCGGCUCUGUGAGCACCUCCGCCGCCCCGCCACUCCUUGAACUGCCCCCCUCCGCCCCAUCCCCACCCACAGACCCGCCAGCCAACGGGGCCAUAGCCCUGCGUGACGUCAACGUGUCAGCGUGAGAGUGCGGACAGCUGCUAGGGACAGUGCGCAGAAGGGUGGAGAUGUAAAGGAAGAAAUGAACUAAGAAACAGGGGCUACGUGAGUUGAAUGUGGAGAAACUGGACACAACUUGAACUUACAGGCUGAGACUGGAUGGCAGAAGUGCAUGGAAGACGCAUUGCGUGUGUGCGUGUGCGCGCGCGUGUGCGUGCGCGCGCGCGCGCGUGUGUGUGUGCGUGUGUAUGUAUAUACUCUUACACUGGGAUUUUCUAUUUAAUAGUAUGUUGACUCAAGCUGCUCAGGUUUGUGGAAUUAAAUGGUUAUGGAUCAUGAUUUUUGAUGGUUUAUAUGCCAUGACCCAAGUGUAUGUGUGUUUGAGAGGGCAUAUGAGAGAGACUAGUUUGUAUUUUUACAUACUGUUGCAAGAAAAUGUUUAAGCUGUUUUAUGUUAAGUAAGUCUAUUUUGUCUAUUAUGUCCAUUUUAACUUACUUGAAGAUCAGAACACCUUUAUACAAGUAAUGAAUGCAGAAAUCCUGGUAAUUCCAAAGGAUCUGCAAGUCCAUUUCUUGCAGUUGUAUGUUCGUGCACAUGAAUGUGCGGAAUACAGAUUGCCAUCUGUU